GGGAGGGGGUGAGGUUGAGGCAUUCACUCCGAGAGGAAGGACUCCGGCAUGACGUUGUUGGAUGCGAGCCGCUCUCUUUUUACCGGUCUCGAGCUCCCAUUGUGACUGGACCACCGGUGUGAGUCUGGUACCUGCUCUCGCUGAGGCAGAAGCCCCCCUCCUCCUCCCCACCUCCGGUCCGAGCUCUCCGGAGCCGAGCGGAGUUGGCCGGAACCGAGGUCCAGAGCACGGUGAGGCCGGCUCCGGGGCCGUUCGCCCCCGCGGGAAGCAGACAUGAGCGUCCCCAUGCUCAAGAUCGGGGCGGUGCUCAGCACCAUGGCCAUGGUGACCAACUGGAUGUCUCAGACCCUGCCCUCCCUGGUGGGACUCAACGGGACCACCAUCUCCAGAGGGGGCACCUCGGAGCGCAUUGUCAGCGCGCUGUACCCGAGCCCGGAGGAAGGCUGGCAGAUCUACAGCUCGGCGCAGGACGCAGAUGGGAAAUGCAUUUGCACCGUGGUCGCGCCGGCCCAGAACAUGUGUAACCGCGACCCACGCAGCCGCCAGCUCCGCCAGCUCAUGGAGAAGGUUCAGAACAUCAGCCAGUCAAUGGAGGUCCUGGACCUGCGGACGUACAGAGAUCUCCAGUACGUGCGGAACACGGAGAGCCUGAUGAAAGUGGUGGACGGGAAGCUGAAGGUGGCCUCCGAUAACCCCCGUGGUCUGAAUCUAAAGGGCUUUCAGGAGCUGAAAGACAAGGUGACCCAGCUACUCCCUUUGCUGCCGGUGCUGGAGCAAUACAAGGCCGACGCCAAGAUGAUCCUGCGCCUCCGAGAGGAGGUGCGGAAUCUGUCCUUGGUGCUGAUGGCCAUACAGGAGGAGAUGGGAGCCUACGACUACGAGGAGCUGCGCCAGAGAGUCCUGCUGCUGGAGACCAGGCUCCACUCCUGCAUGCAAAAACUAGGCUGUGGCAAGCUCACUGGCGUCAGUUAUCCCAUCACGGUACGCGCAUCAGGCUCGCGCUUCGGCUCCUGGAUGACCGACACCAUGAUCCCCAGCUCAGACAACAGGGUUUGGUCCAUGGACGGGUACUUCAAGGGCCGGCGCGUCCUGGAAUACCGCACCAUGAACGACUUCAUGAAGGGCCAGAACUUCGUGCAGCACCUGCUGCCGCACCCCUGGGCGGGCACCGGCCACGUGGUCUACAACGGCUCGCUGUACUACAACAAGUACCAGAGCAACAUCAUCAUCAAGUACCACUUCCGCUCGCGGAGCGUGCUGGUGCAGCGCAGCCUGAGCGGCGCCGGCUACAACAACACCUUCCCCUACUCCUGGGGCGGCUCCUCCGACAUCGACCUGAUGGCAGACGAGAACGGCCUGUGGGCCGUCUACACCACCAUACCCAACGCCGGGAACAUUGUGAUCAGCCGCCUGGAGCCCCAGAGCCUGGAAGUGCUGCAGACGUGGGACACGGGGUUCCCCAAACGCAGCGCCGGGGAGUCUUUCAUGAUCUGCGGCACGCUUUACGUCACCAACUCCCACCUGGCUGGUGCCAAGAUCUACUUUGCCUACUAUACUAACACGUCCACCUAUGAAUACACAGACAUCCCCUUCCACAAUCAAUACUCUCACAUCUCCAUGAUGGACUACAACCCCAGGGAGAGGGUCCUGUACACCUGGAAUAAUGGACACCAGGUGCUCUACAACGUCACACUGUUCCAGGUUAUUAAGACUUCAGGGGACUGAGACGCUGUCGACUGAGCCACUCAAAACGCUGUGAUCAUUGUUGUGGAGGGAUUAACGGAGCUGAGUGGAGGUUGACACAGGUUGUGGGUGGGGGGGGUGUGGGGUAGGGGCUUCAGUGUAUGGGCAUAGGCUUGGAUUUUUUUUAGGGAUUUCAAUCUUCAUAGAGUGCUAUUAUUCACAUUCUCAAACAAACACUGGCAGCCAGGUCGGUAACGGUGCAAAGACUGAGCGCUUCUCCUUGUUUUCUUCCUGUGAUGAGUAAGCAUGGUUCCUUUUUUAUUUGUGAUGAGAAAUAAAUAUCGGUCUUUAUCAGAUUUAUGACUUUCUUUGUCACUUUUCAUUUCAAAUAGACCUUCACUGUACUUAGGGAAGGUGGUCGGCAACGGAGGAACUGCCUGUGAUGUAAAAACAAACGUACAUGUGUGUUCUCCCAAGAUGGGUGUGUCUCAAAAGACCAACAUGUGAUGUAUAUUUUUCUUUUGUUAUAAGUAAUGUUUAGUGUUUUUUUUAUAUUUCUCCUUGAAUGAAGAUGAUACACAAAUAUUUAUUAUUUGUUGACUUAAGCCGGCAUGAGUUCUGUGCAAAUAAAGGAAAUGUGUUUAGAA